AAAUGGCAUCCAAGUUAAUAAAGACGUUAUAUUUCCUGAUGAUUUUUUUGGCCAUGCAUGCAGAAUGUCAAAAAUAUAAACCAACAUGGGAAAGCAUUGAUUCUCGCCCAAUACCAGCUUGGUACGACGAUGCGAAAAUUGGAAUGUUCAUGAACUGGGGAGUUUACGCUGUUCCGUCGUGUACCAGUGAAUGGUUUUGGUGGUUUUGGAAAGGACAGCCACAACCAAAUGUGGUAGAGUUCAUGAAGAAAUUUUAUCCACCAAAUUGGACGUAUGCAGACUUCGCAAAAGAAUUCCGGGCUGAGUUCUAUGAUGCCAAUAAGUGGAAAGAAAUCAUUGUUGCCUCUGGUGUAAAAUAUGUGGUUCUGGCUUCCAAACAUAGUGAUGGGUUUAGCAUGUACCCAACCAAUGUGACAUACCAGUGGAAUUCACGAGAUGUUGGCCCAAAACAAGACCUUGUAGGUCCUUUAAAGGAUGCACUUAGAGGAACAGGGAUCAAGUUUGGGCUGUAUCAUGCAAUGAUAGAGUGGUUCAAUCCUAUAUGGCUGGCAGAUCAAAGGAAUAAUUUAACCACUCAAAGAUAUGUCAAUGAUUACAUCCAUCCUCAACUUUACGAGAUCAUCAACACCUACAAGCCGGAUAUUCUGUGGAAUGAUGCUGGUUGGCUGGCUCCAAGUUGGUACUGGAACUCUACAAUAUUUCUGGCCUGGUUGUACAACGAAAGUCCUGUCAAAGACUACAUCAUUGUGAAUGAUCGAUGGGGGUCUGACUGCUUCUGCAAACACGGGGGAGUUUGGACAUGUUCAGAUCGCUUUCAUCCUGGUCAUGUGAUGCCGCAUAAAUGGGUGAAUGCCAUGACAGUAGACAGAGGUUCAUGGGGAUUCAGAAGAAAUGCUGACCUGAGUCAGUAUUACUCCAUAGAGGAACUCUUGGAGGAAGUGAUUUACACCAUAAGUUUUGGUGGAAACAUUCUUAUUAAUGCUGGACCAACAGCUUGGGGGACCUUUGCCCCAAUCUAUGAGGAGAGAUUCCGUCAGCUGGGAUCAUGGUUGAAAGUGAAUGGAGAAGCUAUUUAUAAAACAACACCUUGGAUUCACCAGAACGACACAGAAACAGACAGAGCAUGGUACACAGCAUCAAAGGCAGACAAGAGAGUGAUUUACUCUUUGUUGUUGGAUUGGCCGUUAAGUAAUGAAGUCUUACUGGGGUCACUGAAGGAUAUUCCUGUCUCUGCAGUAUCUCUGCUAGGGUCAGAUGCGGUGAUGUACUUUUUUCAGGAGGCUCAUGGACUUCGAGUUUUAUUCCCAGUCCUCAAUAUACGUAAAAUGCCUUGUCAGUGGGCCUGGGCUUUGAAAAUAACUCUCAAAUAGAGAACUAUAUAGCUGUGAAUGAUACACUGUAUAAUGGGUAAUUUCUGUAGCCUGACAUUGUUUAACUGUGAUUCCUCCAAGGUAACAUUCAGUUUCUUUUAAAAUCCAGUCAUUGAGGUAUAUUGAUUAGUAUGCACAAAAGAUUUGAAUAUUUUGCUACUUUAUAUUUUGACAAAACCAAAAAUUGAAAACAGCAGAAAUAACCCAUUUUAUGGUGUAUUGUAAAGUAAAGACAUGUUCAAUAUAUACAUAUAUACAUUAUUUUUGUAAGCUCAAUACAUUCCCUUAGCAUAAUCUUAAUACAUGUACAUUUUAAGCAUGGAAAGAAAAGUUUAAUUCAAGUGAAGCUAUUUGGAUGUUUAUAAUUUUCAUGUGUGAAGUUGAAAGACAUUGAAGUUGUGACAAUUCUACUAUGAAUUCCACUAUAUGUGAUAAAGAGAGUAUUAAUUUUUGAUUUAAUUUUUUUGGUACUUAAUAUGCAAUUGUCAUUACUCAUUAGUAAAUUAGUGAUGAAACAUCCUGAUUUAUUAUGUGCUGCAUGUGCAUAUAAAAAUGCUUUGAUUAUUAGAUUUCAUUUCAUUAAUUUGCAGAGUGUUUUGGUUUUUUGUACUACAGUUGAACUUUGGUAUCUCGAACACUGAUAUCUCGAAUACCAUGGAAUGUCAAAGUGAUUUGGAAGUCCCAACCCUAUAUUCUUUAAGUAUUUUACGCUGGAUAUCUUGAAUUCUUGGUCCCAUUGAGUUUGAGAUAAUGAGGUUUGACUGUAUAUUUAGAUCGUUUCUGAAAGCAGCUAAUUCAGCCACUAUGAAUGUGUUGUUGUUUUAUAAGGAUAUUUAAUAUUUCAUUCACAUUUAGGUCUUGGAGAAUUUACACAGUCAUGAUAUAGAUCUUUCUCCAGUAUUUUAGUCAUUAUAUGAACCAACAGGUACAUGUCUUACCCUUGUUUGGUAAUGACCAUAAACAAGCUUAUGAGAGACUGCACCAGUCAGUUUAGAAAUCCAGUGCUAAAUUUUAGUGCACAUAAAAAUGAUUGAAGCAGUGAAGUGUCUUUGUUGGGGUACUAGUGAUAAAUGUGCAAUAUAAUUAGACUAGCUUAAUUUGCUAUAAGGGAAUGAAUAUGCAUUUAAAUAUUUUUUUUUUCUUUAAAUACUUUGCAUAAUUUAAACACAUAGCUCAGUGUUGUAGAAAAAUUAAAGAGAGACAGGAAGCGUAGAGUUAAGAAACAGAAAGAUAAUGUUUUUACUUUUAGCUAAGAUUAGAGCAAGUCUACAAUACAGUCUGACUACGCAGCUUUACAUGUUAACUUUGUACAAUGUAUUUACAGCAACAGUUUGGCAGUUUAAUUUUCUGUCAUAGCAUAUUUUAUAUUAAUUUCACAAUUAUACUGGAUUUAUUUAGUCCUUUACUUUUGGAGGGUUUUUUUUUUCAAUGUUAUCUUGAUUUAAAUAGUUUUCAAAGUUAAAAACAUUCCAAGAUAACUGUAUUGUGCAUAUAUUUUUUUCUAUUUUGAAUUAAAUUGAGAUUUUGAUAUAAAAUUACAUGUGUAACUAGAGAAUAUUGCAAAAAUUAUAUUCUGACUGUAUGUUUUCAUUGAAAUGAAUUCUUUUUUAAAUACUAUUUAUCUACACAAUUGAUUUAUCCUUUAAAGAAU